AUGAUGCAAGAAUCAUCCAUGAUCAACGACAAGCCCCAAUUGGAAGUGCAGCAGCCAAAUUGGCAUGCAAUGACCAAGGAAGAGGUCUUUUCUGAACUUGAACUUCCUGAGGACCACCGAACCAAUGGUCUCUCCACUGAGCAGGCUAGUGCCAGCUUGGAAAAGUAUGGUAGGAAUAUGCUCUCCAGCAAGAAGAAGAAGACUCUCUUGGAGAAAGUUUGGGAACAAGUCGCCAACGUUCUGGUUGGUAUCCUUCUGUUUGUUGCCGCUAUUUCGAUUGUCCGCGUCUUCACAGAUGAUCCAGUGACUAACGGUAUCCAGGUUGGCAUCAUCGUUGGUGUUAUCAUCAUCAACACUGCCAUUGGUAUCAUCCAAGAAGGCUCUGCUGAGAAGGCCGCCGAGGCUCUCAAGGCCAUGCUCUCCUCUGAUGCAAUUGUCCUCCGUAACGGUAUUGAGACAAAGGUCCCAGCCGAAGAGGUUGUCCCUGGUGAUGUUGUCGUCCUCUCGCUUGGUGAUCGUGUGCCCGCCGAUCUUCGCAUGAUCGAAGUCAGUCAAUUGGCAUCUGCCGAGGCCGCAUUGACUGGAGAAUCCGUUCCUAUUGAUAAGACCGUUGAUGUAAUUGAAUCUGAAAAUCCAAAGUCCGUUCCACUUGGUGACCGGCACAACAUGUGCUUCUCUGCAACCCUCGUCGCUCAAGGAUCAGGUGUUGGCAUCAUUGUCGCCACUGGUGACAAUACUGAGAUUGGAACCAUCAACCAGCUUGUGAAUAAAGUCGAAGAUCAGAAGACUGCUGUCUUGGAACAAAUUGACAAUGUUUCAAAGUGGUUGGCAUUGUUCAUUGUCUUCACUGCCAUUGUCGCGUUCCUUGUCUCGUUCUUCACAACUGACACUGAUGACCGUGACUGGCUUGAGUCUCUCUCAGUGGCUCUUGUCUGUGCCGUCGCAAUGAUCCCCGAAGGUCUUGAGGCGAUUGUCACUGUUUCCUACGCCUGGGCUGUGAGCAACAUGGCUGACAAAAAUGCUAUUAUCCGUGCUCUUCCUGCUGUCGAGACUCUCGGAUCAGUGACCACUAUCUGCUCCGACAAGACCGGCACUCUUACAAAGAACGAGAUGACCCUUGUUGGCUUUGUCACUUCCAACGCGAGAUACAAGAUCGAUGGCGAUUCUACGGAACGUACCAACAAGAACUUUGUCCGUGAUGAUACCUACAUGGCCAAACGUGCUGACCACACCAAAAUGAUGAAGACUCGCGAUGUUCUCAAGUCUGGACCAGGUGUUUCUACUCACGAUAGGUUCGGCAAGAAGGAGAAAGACUUUCCAUUCACCAUGCGCGGGUCUGUCAUCGACAAGAGCUUGGUCUCUGACCACGGAAAUCAGGAAGGUUCCGAAGCAGCCGACAAGGCUGACGGUCAUGAAAGCAACGAUAACUUCCCUGUUGGAGCUGGUGAAUCUCCGGAACUAUCAUUCUUCCGUCAAGGUCUUGCUGGAGGCGUCCUUUGCUCCAAGUGUACUCUUGGAAAGGAUGGGGGCCGCGAAGGUGAAAUUGGCAACCCAACUGAGCUUUCCAUCCUCCGAGCUUCCUACUGGGGCGGCAUUGAAGUUAACGACAUGAAGGAUGCUUCACCUAUCAUCGCUGAGGUUCCAUUCUCGUCCGAUUACAAAUUCAUGGCUACGGUUCACGCCCCAAAACCCGAAAACGAUGGCCAAGGCAAAAAUGACAAGCUGAUCAUCCAUGUCAAGGGUGCCCCGGAUCGUAUGAUUCCUCUCUGCAACAAACAAUUCAAGGCCGGUAUGCUCAACGAAACCGAAGACAUCAACCAUGACUACUGGAUCGAACAAAUUGCCAUCCUUUCUUCCCAUGGCCUGCGUUGCCUCGCUCUACUCCGUGGUGAACUUGACUUGGGUGCUGUCCAGCAAGGAGAUCCACUUGGUCCAGAAUUCGUCCAGGACAAAGGAGCCUGGCUUACCAUUGUUGGAGUCUGUGCCAUUAUGGACCCCCCUCGCCCAGAGUGUGUGGAUGCCAUCACUCAAGCUCAUGGUGCAGGUGUUCGUGUUGCCAUGAUUACUGGAGACCACAAGGAUACUGCACUUGCCAUUGGUUGCAUGCUUGGACUGGUCAACGAGGAGCACAAUUCUGCCAUUACUGGACCAGAACUCGAUGCCAUGGGCGACGAGGAAAUCAAGUCGGCGGUUCAAAAGUACAAUGUGUUUGCUCGAGCUUCUCCCCAAAACAAGAUUCGUAUCGUCAAGGCACUUCAAUCACAAGGAGAAGUUUGUGGCAUGACCGGUGAUGGUGUCAACGACGCCCCUGCUCUAAAGGCAGCGGACAUGGGAGUCGCCAUGGGCAAAGAAGGAACCGAUGUCGCUCGAGAAGCUUCCAAGAUGAUUCUUGCCGAUGAUAAUUUUGCCACCAUCAUGGUAGCCGUUCGUGAAGGUCGUGUGGUAUGGGAUAACUUGCGAAAGGUUCUUCUGGUCAACACUCCCAUCAAUAAUGCCCAAGGAAUGUCAGUUCUGUUCGGUCUUGUCUGCGGUCUUAAAGAUACUCCCUUGACCGCCAUUCAAGUGCUGUACUGCAACUUGAUUUGUGCCAUUACAUUGGGAUUCGUCACGGCUGUGGAGCCUGCCGAAGAUGGCAUAAUGAACCUUCCACCCCGACGCGUUGGAAAGCGUUUGAUUGGAAGGUACUUGUUUUUGCGCAUUGUUCUCGGAACUGCCACUUUGGUGGCUUGCACCGUUGGGUCUACUUUCUGGGCUCGUUCCUUGUACCUGAAUGGAGCCACCGAGACUUCCAAUUACUACUACGAUAUAGUCCUGCCGUUGAUGAGAUCUCAAGCUUCCAAUACUUUGACCUUUGGUGCCUGCUCCAUCACCAUGAGUGCCCGCUUCGCCUACAACAGUUCUUUUGGAACUCGAUCCUUGUACGGCAACAAGUUUGCCUGGUAUUCUCUUGCCAUUGUUUCAAUCUUGCAAGUUGCCAUUACCUAUACCCCUGGAUUGAACAGUGCAAUUUUCGGAAUGGGUCCAAUGAAGGCAGAACAAUGGGGAAUCACAGCUCUCUUUUCAUUCAUUGUCUUUUUAGUAAUGGAGAUUGAAAAGAGCAUCCGCCGCUUUCUGUUGGCUCGUGGAGCCGAUGUCGGUGACAGCGAAUAUGGAUUCUUUGACGAUGCCGAACAAAUGCCAAACCAAGACAUUUCUCUUCCAAAGGGAGCUUCUCAUCUCAACCUCACGACGCUCCACAGCUAA